UGCAACACAUAAAAAUGCAACAUUGCAAAAAACCACAAGCUUGAAAUAUCAGACAUUUGCUUUUCCUUGGCGAGGAGAAGUUUCUCGAAAUCUUGAAAUCUAAAGUUGAAGUUAAAAUUUAGUUAUGUUUUUGAAUAAAUCUUUUCAACGUAGAGCAAACUUAGAUGUGGCUUCAAAGAGAGCAUUAAAUACACCGGUUCUAGAGAUUGCUAACAUAAAUACAAUUGUUAAGUGUUGCAAUGAAAUACCCAAUUGUGACUGCUCCAGAAUCAUACGUGAAUUGGACACAAAGGUUCCUAAUGCCGCUAUAUUCACUAUAAAUAAGGAAGACCACACUUUGGGCAACAUGAUUCGCAAUCAAUUGUUGAAAGACCCAAAUGUUUUGUUUGCUGGUUACAAAGUGCCACAUCCUCUGGAACAUAAAUUUGUACUACGCAUACAAACAACAUCAGAGUCGUCGCCACAGGAAGCACUGACCAACGCUAUUACGGAUUUAUUGUCUGAACUGUCGUUGUUCGAGGAGCGCUUUAGAGAAGCCCUCAAGGAGAAAAAGGAAGGUGGUGAUUAAGUGUAAAUCAUCAACUGACACUGUAUGCAGUUUCUAUAAAAAUAAUUUAUAUAUAUUUUAUAAUAAAAUUUAAUGAUUUAACAUCAA